GCCGGCGCCAGCACACCAGAAGGCAGGAUGAGCCAUCGAGAGACGUUUUACCUGCUUAACGACACCUUCUCGGCAACUCUUGCACCCAACUUCCUCUGUACGGUCGUGGCGUCCAAGUCGUCACCACGCACAGUUUCAGCUCCUUUUACGCCUGCCGACCAUCCGGCCACCGCGCUUAGCGACCCUUCAGCGGCGCUGGCUCAUGCUCUUCCUAUUCCUGCUACAAUUUCUCAACAGCACACUCCCCCUUUCUUCGCCACUGUCACCAGCUCCUCGCUGUAUACACUUGACCAAUUCCUCAGUGCCUACUGCUCAGACGCACCUCGCGCUCAAAUCCACAAGCUCUUCGACCUACCUGCCGACGCUCCUGGUGCGGCAACUGCUUCCAUUGCCGUCCGCCAGUACUCUCUCGAUAACCCCCAGAUCUACUUUGAACGCUUGAUACAGGACUCGCGUCGUGCAAAGGACGUCCGGGCUCUGCUGAACCAGUGCUUACCUCGUUACGCGUACUUUGUUACAGGGUUUAUUACCGUCACAGACGCUGCUGCUCAGCCCAAUCGCUCGCCGUUUACAGAGACUCUCCGCUUCGCUCCGCCGUUUCUCCAACUUCCCCAUCACCAAUCGCCGUACUUCCACGAGCAUCUGCGCGCACGCUUCUCUCACGAGCACAUCUUUGCCGUAUCUUACGCCGUUGUCAAGCUGUCUACCUCACAAGGCUCCUCGUCUAAAGCCGGAUCAACCAUGCCACCCGACUUUGGGCGCCCGACUCGUGCCAACGGCACUCACAUUGCGUCUGCUUCCCGCACCAUGGAGCACUGGACGAACGAGCAGACGGCUCGCUCGGUGCCCUCUACGCCUCUUACCGCUUCCGCUACACUUGCGCACGCUGCAGUCAGUGCUGCCUCGCCUGCCAGACUGAUCCUCGACGAAAAUGAGCCUUUCUUGCGUGAGCCCAGCACGGAUGCGCUGUUCUUCCAUAUCCCCAAAUCUUCCUGAGAAAAUCUCCAAAUGAGUGCGAGCCUGCCAAUCACCGGUCUCGGGCUCCCCCAAAUGACGCCAUGGUCCCCUGGGAAAGCGUGGACCGGGGCCAUACAAAUCCUUUCAGCUGAGAGAGAGCGCCUCAUCUCCUCACUCACCCGCCUUUUUGUCUCGUUUUUUGCUGGGCCUUGCAUGCACCCACCGGCGCUGAACCCACCGGAGCUGUCGGCAGGCCACGCCAUUUUUCCCUCUGUCCAAGGCUGAGCGCGCUCUGGCACCUAAUUGGGCCACCACUACCAACUGAAGUAGCUUUCCGUGUGGGGGCCAAAUUCUAGAAGCUUGCUGAGCAAGCACCCAUCUCGAGCAUUUGGUCUCGGGACCGGAGUUAAACAUUUUAUGAAUUCAUGACCUUGAUGGUGGGAUUCCCUUUGGCUGAGCUGGCAAGGAUCCAGAUCUGCAAAGGGAACUAGGUAUAUAGUAACGACCCUUAUGAAAAGUAGAUAGCUAUUAACUAAGAAAAAUUGUUCUAUUUUGUUUUUUU